AUGCACACGACCUGCCGUCUAGGCUUUGCUGCUACCCAUUUUCCCACUCCCCUCCCCUGCCCCCCCCUUCCCCUCCCCUCCCCUCCCGUCCCCUCCCCUCCCCUCCCCUCCCGUCCCCUCCCGUCCCCUCCCGUCCCCUCCCGUCCCCUCCCGUCCCCUCCCGUCCCCUCCCGUCCCCUCCCAUCCCCUCCCGCCAACACAGAGAGAAGGAAAGUGGCUCAUAACGGGGAGCACUGGCCCGUGAACGCACAUGACCUGCUGUCGCUGCUGCUCUCCGUGCUCAUGCCCCCUUACCCAUGCCCCGCAGAGGAGAGAGUGGGUGCAUGGGGAGAUGGCGGAAAGUGGGUGUGCAUGCUGCCAACUGCCAUCCAAGAAAACCCUAUAGUGUACAG